AUGCCAAAACCCAAAUAUAUAAAAACAGAAAAAACUAACUAUAAAACCAAAAUCCAGCUCUCCAUUCCACCCUCAACAUCCUCUCCCCGUCUUUCUCUAUCUCUCUCUCUCUUUAAAAAUGGAGCCCCCACUAACCUCCCCGAGACCACCACCUCCACCACCACAAGAACCACCAUCUCCACCACCACAAGACCAACAACAUCAAAAGAUUUAGACUUUGACAGCAUUAGAGCCAUCAAAGUCCUAGGCAAAGGAGCCAUGGGGACAGUAUUUCUUGUCCACAAUCAAGAAACAGACCCAACAGCCAAGAACCCGUUUGCCCUCAAGGUGGUCGAAAAAUCCACACUCCAUACCAAAUUCGACGCCGAUCGCCGUGCACGGUGGGAGAUCCAAGUCUUGAACCAAUUAUCCACCCCAAAAGCAACCCACCCAUUUCUUCCUCACCUCAUUGCCUCCAUAGAAACCCAAGAAUUCCUUGCUUGGGCUGUCCCCUUUGUCCGGGUGGUGAUCUUAACGUCCUCCGCCACCGCCAAAACGAUCGUGUUUUCUCACCUGCUGUAA